AUGCAUGACUAUGCAGGAGUAAUUUCAGAGAACCAUGUGUGUUCCCAGACUAAUAAGUCUGAGCAAACAGAUGAUGUUGUGAUACUGUCAAGGGAGGAGUUUGAAGAACUCUGCUGUCUUCCACACCCUUCAGAAGAAGAGACAAAAAAAAACACUGUUGAUGUAGGAAUUCAGUGCAAAUUACCAGACAUAACUAUUGAGGACAUCAAAAACAAUGAUGAUGAUGUGAUGUUUUACACUGGACUCCCAUCCUUUCCUGCUCUCAUUAUGAUUUUGAGCCGUCUAAAAACCCGCGCAAACAACAUGUUUUACUGGAGGGGCAACCAUUCAGCUGGCGAGAAAAGGUAUCAGAGAAGUGGAAAACAGAAACCCGGACCAAAAAGGAAACUGAGAAUUGAAGAUGAAUUUCUCCUAGUGAUGAUGAGAUUACGACUUGGUUUGUUGUUGGAGGACCUAGCCAGAAGAUUUUGUAUCAGUGUGACAACUUGCUGCAACAUUUGGCGAACGUGGGUGCAAUUUUUGGCUCAGGAUCUGGUUCCUUUGCUUAUGUUUUGGCCAAGUAAGGAAGCAGUCCAAAGUAACAUGCCAGCCACAUUUAGGAGACGAUAUCCAAAUACACGUGUUAUACUGGACUGUACCGAGAUACGGACAGAGACACCAUAA